UAGGGGGUUAUUCACGCGAUAAUGGCUGCAUGGCGUAUCCUAUAAAAGCCUAAAGGUCACAUUGAUACAUACGAUGGCAUUAUCUGAAUCCCAAAUACCACCUGACGCACAGCAUUAUUUGGUUUGUGGCACUGAAGACUGUGAGAGGAACUGCAAGUUUUACUGCAAUGAUUGUCACCAACCAAUGUGUGAACAAUGCAGAGAUGAACAUCAGAAGAAUAAGAAAACCAAGAACCAUGAAGUAGUCCCUUAUAAACAACGCAAACGACCGCUUCCUGUGGAGAAAUGCAAGAUCCACCCCACAAGACACAUAGAACUUCUCUGUGAGGAAUGCCAAAUUCCCAUUUGUUCUAAAUGCACGGGCACCAAAGAGCAUCGCGGCCAUGCCUUUACUGACCUAGAAUUGGUCUUUGCUGAAAAAUGUUCACUUUGUCACAUAGAAAUUACCAAAAUUCGAAGCUAUUUUGAACCCACUUCUCAAGAUUUAAAAAAGGAAAUUGCUGGAGAUGUCACAGAAAUAAAGAAGAUCAUGGAGGGAAUAAGAUCAUCCAUAAAGACUGAAGCAGAGGCUGUGAAAAGGCUGGUAGACACAGUCACAUCAGAUAAAAUAGAACAAGUCGACAAAAUAGAACAGUCAUUAUUACAAACUUUAAAUAGACAAAACCAAGAAAUUGAUUAUUACAUCAACUAUCUCAAUGAUUUAAUCAAAACAUAUUAUGGCUACCUAUCUCCCUCAAACAUAGAACAAUUAACAUUUGCCCUCAAAUCAGAAAACUUGGUCAUUAGACCCAUACCAGAGACAUCCAAACCAGUCCCACCCGUAUUUACUGCUGGUCAAUACCGCAAGGAGGAUGUCGCCAAACUACAGGGUAGAGUAACUGUACCCGACACUAAACCAGAGAACAGAAAAAUAAAACCUAUGGAGACCGCCUCUACACAGAUAGAACCUACAGGGAAACAGAGGAAACAAGACAGAGAGAAAUCUGACGCGAAACAAACACUGUCUCUGUCUUCCUCUGUCACCAAGGUCAGGGAGUACACAGUACCAGGAGUUAAUCGUGUAUAUCAUAUAUCACUGGGUCAAUCAGGCAUACUCUGGGUCAGUGAUAUGGAAGGUAACCUUGUCCAAACAGAUCUACAUAGGAAUCAGCUACAGAAGAUACAAACCAGUGGUAAAUAUGAAGGCUACCACACAGUCACACAGGACAGGGAUCUGAUCUAUACAGACGACGACAACAAAGUCAUCAAUAGGAUAACACCGGAUAAUACAAUCACUGAAUUCAUUAAAACAGGAGACUGGACACCACUCAGUAUACACUCCUCCCACAUCAACGGGGACAUACUGGUGGGGAUGAGGAAGGAUGUAAAGGGUAAAGUCACCAGAUACAACAAGACAGGGACAGAAAUACAGAGAGACAACAAAGAACAGGAACUGUAUAGUAGUUUACCACACUACAUCACAGAAAACAUGAAUGGUGAUGUCUGUGUAUCAGACUAUCACAAACAAGCUGUAGGGGUGGUGGAUAAAUCAGGACAAUAUAGGUUCUCCUACACAGGUCAGGGGUCAGGGUUUAUUCCCUAUGGAAUAUGUACUGAUGUACUCGGUCAUAUCCUGGUGUGUGAUGAUAUCAGUGAAACAGUCCAUUUUCUGGAUCAGGACGGUCAGUUCUUGUCUCUACUACUCACACCACAACAAGGGAUAGAGUGUCCCAUUAGUGUGUGUGUGAAUGAUGACAACAAUCUCUUGGUGGGACAACGUUACACUAAUAUAGUGACAGUGUACAAAUAUCUACAGUGAACAUUAUAUAUCCAUACAUAAGUUAGUUACUGUGUGUGUAUGUUGUGAGACAAUGUAACAACAACACUGUGAAAGUGUACAAUUACUGGUGCAUAUGUAUCUGCAGUGUACAUAAAAGUACAUUGAUUUAUACAUGUACAUACAUUAUUCAUGUAAACCUUUGUAUCUUUGUUUGUAAUAUGAAUUUCUUAUCAGGUUAAUUUCAUUGCAGAUGAGUUGACUAUUAUAUGUACAUGGAUCAACAAUAUCUGUUUUUAAAGGUUUUAGAAACCGCUAGCUUGAAUUUUGUCAAUACAUGAAGCUAUUCGAAAAACUAAUAUUAUUCAUAAACAAAGCUUCUGUAUCUAUAGUCAGUAUGACAUGAGAAGAUUUUCUGAAUGAUAAGCGCUGGUUUCUCAAAAAAAAGGAAGCUAAUCUUAAAUGUUAGCAUUAUUACUAAACAUUCUUUUUUCACUUUUCUCUAUAAUCUUAAAUUUCACAUGAUCUGAUUGAGAGAAAAAGUGGGGCAUGACAUUACAUGUAAUAAUUUUAUAUUUCAAAUUAAGAUAGUUUUCUUGUACCACUUUUUGAUAUUUGUCGUAAACUAUUACUAGCAAAGAAUGUAUCAUAUUGCAGAUUUGAUUUUUCUAGAGACUGCAAAUUACAAAAUACUGAUGUUCUAUAUAAAACGCU